UACUUAGCCUCCUCUCUAGCUCUGCAGUCAGCAUCCAAGACUCACAAGCAUAAAAAAAAUGUGGUUAUGACCAGGGAGCACAUUAGUCUGACUUUGGUGCCGAGGCUGAAGCCUUUGUCUUUCCCUAUUGCUUUGAGUUUUGAAAGGGCUGCUGUGGACUGUGCAAUUCGGGCCAGUAGUUCUGGUUUCCUUCCCUCAUCUGAGACAAUUGCUCCGAGUUAUUUGAAACCACUGACACUAGUAAGGUUUUCACCUCCAAUGCCGAUGCCCCUUUUAAGGCCCUGUUAGCUGUUGGUCAUAAUUUGUUUUGUUUUUCAGCAUUUAUUUGUAUACCAUAAAAAUCUGCUCAGGGCAAGUAUCAACAAUCACAAGAUCUCACUAAUCUAUUUGCAUGGGCACACACAAUGCUAGUUGGUGUGGAGAGGAGGAAAUCAUGUUGAAAUGCUGAUGGACUUGUUUUAUGAUUGAAGUAGAACUACAGUAAUACAUAGCCAGAGAAUUGGGUCAUGGUUUCUGUAUUAUUGAUGCAACGCAGACUUCGUAAUCUCACUAUCAAUAAAUUAGUUGUUAUUUUGUUGCUCACUGCUGCAGCUUUCAAUGAAUUCUUGGUCUACACGUUCCAGUCAUUUCGAUGGCAAAGUAUUCCGCUCGACAGAGAUCCAGGGGAAGAGAUGGUGAUUCUUUUAAUAUCAGAUCCACAACUGAUUGGUAUUCAGGAUGAAAUAGGUUUUCCUGUCGGCAUGUUAGCAAGAUGGGAUUCUGAUAGUUUUUUAAGAAAAACAUUUUCUCGUGUGUAUGAACAUACUCGCCCUGAUGUCAUCAUAUUCUUAGGAGAUAUCAUGGAUGAAGGAAGUAAAGCCACUGAUGCGGAGUACCAAUCUUACGUUGAAAGAUUCGAUAGCAUAUUUUACGAAAAAGUAUACACAAAGACAAUUGUUGUACCUGGCGACAAUGAUGUUGGAGGAGAAGGGUCUGAUUUUAGAACUCAGUUUAAAGUUUCUAGAUUUGAAAAGCAUUUUGAAAAUCUGACUGGAGUUGUCUCCCAUAAAUUUGUGGAUUUUUUAAAACUUGACAACCGUCGAUCCCAUGACAUGAUUAUAGAGACCAAACAGUUGAUCCACAACAUGGCCAGCAGAUUGAAAGCUCCAUACAGAUUUAUCGUCAACCAUGAAAGCAUGAUAGCCAAACCAAAAAGUUCUAUUUAUCCAAUUUUGUACAUGGCUCAACCAAACUUAAUUUUUUCUGGCCACUGGCACUUGUCUCAGAUGUUUACAUGUGAGACCUGUCUGUCAGACAAUGAAGACAUGAACUACUGGCCCUUCCAUCACAAAGACAUCUCUAAUGUGGCAGACUUUGUAGAGGUGGACUUGACCAAUUUGAUAGCGCUCUCAGAGAUCAUGGUGCCAACUUGCAGUUACAGGAUGGGAGUACCGAACAUGGGCUAUGGAGUAGCUGUAUUAAAUAAAUCUGGCCACUUAAACUAUACAGUUCUCUGGCUCCCAUCACGCUACAAGCUACUUUACAUCUACAUUGGGGUCUUGGUCUUUGUGGCUGUCUUACUGAUCAUAGAAUUUAUAUUUUGGCCCUUGUCUACAAAAGAUCUGCACAGAUGACAUACAAAACACAGCUAGUUGACUCCUGGGUGAAUUUCAUUCGAAUAAAUUACUGGACCGAGACAAUUUCGUAUGAAGUAACUGGACUGGAACAAGCUAAUUGUAUCAUAAGUCUACUCAACAUUAUUACUUAGUAGCCAUGCUAUUCUAAUCUAUUGGCUUGUCAAUGUAAAUUUAACAGCAAAAUCAAUGUGACAUGAAACUCAGAUUCUUCACAGGGAAAUCACUCCAGAGUUCUUUUUGUCUGAGUGUGUGAUAUUGAAUUGUUGUUUUUUUUUUAGUUUGGUGAGAGUUUAAUUUGAGCUUCCACAAUGAAAGGGAAAGUUGAUUGCUAGGUACAAACUUGAUCUUAGAGCUAGGUAGGCCUACAAAAACUUGAUCUUAGAGCUAGGUAGGCCUACACAAACUUGAUCUUAGAGCUAGGUAGGCCUACACAAACUUGAUCUUAGAGCUAGGUACAAACUUGAUCUUAGAGCUAGGUAGGCCUACAAAAACUUGAUCUUAGAGCUAGGUACAAACUUGAUCUUAGAGCUAGGUGAGUACCAGCAUACAAAUAUUCUACAAGCCAUUUGGACACAUUACUGAGACCUUUGCUGCCAAACUGAAGGUCCAAAUCUCAAAUCUAGAUGAAAGAUUGAUUUUUAGAAUGUCCCAUCUCUAAGGGGUGCAUGGUGUUAGUUGUGAAAAAUAUUUUGGUCAUUGUGCUGGUCACAUGACACUGGUAUUUACAUAUGUUGUUAUAAGCAUUUAAAUAAUCUAUAAACCAAGUAACAUAUCCAUUUUAUUUAAAAAUUAUAGAAUCAUUUUAUAAUGUUCAUCCAUGCUCUCCACUGACAGUCACAGUACCGGUACUGGCAUGUAUGGAUGCUUGGAAGUAAAUAAAAUAUACCAAAUUUUAUCUUA